GAUAGAGGUAGUGCUCGCUUGGCUUAGUUGCAUUUCAUGGCGUUUGUUUUGAACCUGAAUUCGGCUCCAAGUCCGAUGCGAGAAGAUAUAUUUGCAUCUAGAAGUAAUGUACUCUUUAUUGUCUGUCUCAUAUAAUUACAAAGAAGAUUGAGGCUGCUGUAAGACGAAAAUUUGUUGAACUUUUCCAAAGUGAGAUGCCCUCAGUUCUGGCACGUCGCUUGGCAGCUCAGCGUGAGGGAAGAAGUUCUCGCCAGGAGGCGUGGUGGUGAUGCUGGUGAUGUUGAGGCGCCGGCAGCUGCUCGUAGCGUCGCUGUCGUGCAGCUCUCUGCUCCUGCUGCUCGUCUACAGCAACUCGCGGGUGCCCACACAGCACGAAGUGCGCAGUGUCGGCGCCCUCCGUCAGCUGAACUCGGAGAGAUCGUUGAGUGGGGAGAGGGCGACAUGGCUGCCAAACAACCAAUCCUUGGCACACGAAUCUUCCUCUAGUGUGCUUCAUCAAAGUCAAACUUUCAGAAACGGCUCAAUUAAUUAUAAUGUUGUGGUAGUGGAACCUCAAAACUAUGAUGGGCAGCUACAGGCCUCAGCUUUCAGUAGUAAUACAGAAAUUAGCGUUUGUCCAAAUAACAGCUGCAGUGCUGCGGAGAGCGGUCCCGGUCCAGGAAAGUCUUUAGUAAAUGAUACAUUUGUACCCAGUCAGGACCAAACUGUUGAUACCGCUGCUGCAAUGCAGGUCAACGAUGAGCCUCCCUCUCAAACUAUACCUGAAGAGGCCGCACUCAAGUACGUCAAGAAGCCUCUUAUCAGCAACCCCAAGAAAUUCCGCUACGUGCCAAAGAUGGACGCAAAAACCUGGUCUGGAGCGUAUCCUCAGCUGGUUAAAGCGGGCGUCAGCGCCGCGAGUUACCGAGUCAACUUCGAGUACAGAAACUUCCCUGGAGAGCUGGACUUUACCCCGGGGGGCGUCGUGGGCAGGGACAGAGUCAAGCGUAUUCUUAUUCUGACGACGUGGCGUAGCGGCUCUACUUUCUUGGGUGAUAUCUUCAACGCAUAUCCCGGCACUUUCUACAGCUUCGAGCCGCUGCAUCAGCUGCUUCAGAAGCAACAUCUAGAAGAUGGGCCCUUGAAGCAGCCUGUCUUGGAGCUGCUGCGCAACAUCAUGACUUGUAACAUGACGGAUCAGCACGACUAUUUUGAUUACGUCAGAAACAACACUUUCCUCUUCACUCACAACUCCCGUUACUGGCAGUCAUGCUCGAUAAACAGAGCUCUCUGCUACGAUCCUCAUUUCUUUAACAAGGUGUGCGAGGUGUUCCCUGUGAACGUGAUCAAGACGGUGCGCCUGGGGGCGGCGCCCCUGGGGGAGCUUCUGCAGGACCCCAGCCUGGACCUGCGGGUGAUACACUUGGUGCGGGACCCGCGGGGGACGAUGCACUCCCGUCACAGGCUGGACUGGUGCCGCGCCCCCGUCUGCAGCGACCCCAGCAUCGUGUGUGACCAUCUCUUGCUAGACCUGCACCACUCGCAGACUCUGCAGGCCAAGUAUCCUGACCGAUUUUUACUGGUGCGCUACGAGGACCUCGGCACGCAGCCAGAGGCAAUGGCGAGCCUCAUCCUGGACUUCGUGGGCCUCCCCAGCACGAACUCCGUGAAGAACUUCAUCGCCGAGCACACGACCCUCGAGAGCAAGAGACGCUCCGACGCCGCCGCCGCCAAGAGCUCGGACGGCGGAGGUGACGGCACACCGCGCAGAGGGCGGCGACGUAAGCCGACCAACGCGUACUCGACGUUCCGUAAUUCCCGGACGACGACGUUUGCGUGGCGCAACGCACUCAACUAUUCCGCUGUUGCCGCCAUACAAGACGUUUGUGAAGCCCCUAUGCGGUUGCUCAAUUUAAGAAUAUUUAAGAAUGAAAUAGAAUAUAAGAAUGAAAAUUUAACCAUAUUGCUGCCUGAAAAGUGAUAAUAUGCCAAUUUUUAACUUAUUUAAAAGUUUAAGUUUUGGUUAGUUCUUGAUAAUCCACUUUUGUGUAAUGAAUUAUAAUUAACUCUGUUAGUGUAAUUCGCUUCAUAAGAAUUAGAUCGUCGUGUGUUGUCCUAAGAUUAUUAGUACGAAUGUCAUUGCUCAAUUAAUUUGUCUAGGUUCUGAGCUCUCCGUAUCCAUGACGAUUAUAAGAGAAGACAUUAAUAAACUACGUGUGGCCGAGACAUGGUAUGUGGGAUUAAUAUUGCAUUUUUAAUAUUACAACAAUAUUAAUAUAUUGUUUGACGGCUGAACUGAGUCCAGACGUUCACUGAGUUGUGUCACUUGCUGUCACUGGCGCUUGCGUUUGACUAAGAAUCGUAAUUUUAUGCAAAAAAAUUCAUUGUUGUUUUGGCAAUAACUUGUUGUCUUGUUCUUUCUUUCGCGCCGAUUAUUAUCCUUUUGCUCUGAUGAAGCGCGGUUUGAAUAUUGAUCCAUAAGAUACCGUAUGUUCGGAAAACAACUUUUGAUGUUGUCGAAGGCUUAGCCAAAGCAUUAAAAAAAAACUCAAAGAGUGAACCGACCGCCAUCGUAUAUCUACUCUUUAGUCUGUAAAACGUCCAUGCAGGUUUUGUAUUGAAAACAUUGUUAACAUACGUACGUCGUCAGAAAUGCAUAAUGUAUAUGAUACGUGAAUUAAAAUGUACAUGUAUAAGAGUUAACCACGUGUAUAGCAAUGAAUGGAGCUACAUCAAUGUGAACCGCCAUUAUAUUCAGUGCCAAUCUAUUGCGCUGUUUACAUUAGGAGGUGGUGCUGUGUUGGGUGUUGUGAUAACUUCUAUCUGGUGCAGUAUUGUCAUCAUUAUAUGAUGCGUUUGUUUGAAUAAUUCAAGUUCUCAGUAAUAUGUGUACUUUUGUACGCGUACUGUUCUAAGUACGACAAAAUUGUCCCUCUGUGAGGGCCCUUUCAACUAUUUUUACGCUAAUUCUAACUAGGCAUAUGACUUAUUAUAUAACACCUGGUGAACGGUAGAUAACAGUCCAAGUUUCAAUACUGUGGUUGCAUUUCUUCGCUUCCAUGUACUAGUCUAAACUGGUAGUUUUUUCUUAUGCAUACGCUAGCUCACCGCUUUGUCGAUCUCGCACCAUUCCUUUCGCUGUAUUGUAGCUCGGACAGCCGAUUCCUUGUCGCUCGGACAGCUGAUGCGUUGUGCAAGCAAACACUAUUUUGGAUGUCACCAUUUUUUCCACUGGAUUUCUCAUCAAUUUAUGUUAAUUGAAACCAUUGCACCAUCUUCGGAUCGUGUACUGUUGAAGGGCUACUUUCUGAUGUUUAGUUAAUCACCAACUAUUGACCAUCAAACUUAGACACUGCUGUUAAUUCAGCAACGAACCGGCUACCUUUUGUGAAGUCAAUGAGGCUUUAUUCUUUCCAGGAAAAAUUGUUAAGCUUCAAUUCAGCAAUUGGAACACAAGGUUAAGCUACAGCAACAACAUUAUGAACUAUCGGUCUAUUUGAUUUUACUGUAUGUUUCAAGUUAAGUAUCCGACAGAAAUAAGUUGCCACUUUAAUGCAUUCCCAGAUACAAUGGCCAAACGUAACCGCGUUUUUGGUCUUCCAUUCCAUCAGUUUCUUUACAGUAAACUUUCUCAUUAUGAAUAACUAUUGUAUGCAUUUUAUGACUAGUGUAUGCUUUGAAUUGCCUGUUAGCAUUGGUUUUUGUAAAACCUCACUUGAUUCUUUACCACAGAAUAGCUUAUUAGUUCAGUAGGGAUAGCAUUGUCCCAGAGGCAGCAUUUGGGUGUUAGGGGCUGAGCUAUUCAGUUUUUACCGUUGUUAUCACGUGCUCCGCGUAAUGUCUCAAGUGUUACCCGCUAGCAAAUUUUAUAUUAACGUGAGAUUUGUUCACUCCGUGGCGGAAAACCCUCCUUGUCAAAUAUUGUUAAUGAUACGUUAGUUCUUCGGGGUUGGUUAAAAAAGAGCAAUGGAACAGUUUGAUUGAUUUGUAUUAUUGAAUUGAAAAAGCCAUGUCAAGUUUUAAGGUCGUUAAGAAAGCUUGCUUAUUAUUAUAACAAUGCGAGUAAAUCUAAUUGUAAAUUACAUUGCAUUCACUACCUAAUGGUCAGACAUGCAUGCACUGAUGGAUUGGCGUUCUGUUCUAGUCUUGAUAUUUUUGACUUAAUAUUAUGGUAUAGCGCGAUAUGAUCAGGUCGACGUGGUCCAGCUCGCGUCGAAUUCCCUCGCUAACGUCCAGGGUAGAAGUUCCAUAGACGUCCCUUGAUUAGAAGAACGUUUGAUACUUCAACGAAGAAGCAGUUCUGUCUCUUUCGAUGUCUUCUAAUAAAUCAUAACGUGGUUUGA